AUGAAAUGGUUGCAUGGCAGUGAAGUAGAAAUCAUUCAUCGUCUACUUUAUACGUUUUCUUCUAAUGUAAAUGGUGUGUCCGCUUUAGUUAAAUCCUUUUCAGAGGUUUUGCCUACAUUUGGUGUCUACUUGCGCAAAGUGUGUGAAGAUGCACCCCAUGUGAUUCACUUUUUUACCUACUACAACAGUUUGCGAGCUAUAAUCCCAAUAAUAGAUGUGGUUAUCGCUAGUUUACCAUGCACGGAUGCUAUGUGCUGUUACUUGUACGAUCCACAAAUUCUACCCUGUUUAAUACAUAUUGCUUGUGGUUGUCAGAAACAAAAGAGUGAAUUACCUUUAGUUCGAGGAAUUUUGGCCGAUUUAAAUGUACUUUUUAAAGAUAUUAUUAAAUCAAUUAGCUCCAGCCUGAAAACAAUGGAUGAGUCAAGCAUAAGUCAACUGACUACAGGUGAAUUGAAAUGGUUAGCAGAUUUAGAAAAUGAUGAUCAUUUCGGUUUUCGUGAAGCAUUUACCAAUUGUUGUUUAAAUGAUGGAGAUGUUGAGACUAAAGCUUGUCUUAUCUCUGUAUGCAAUCAGUUGAAGUUACCGAAAACACUGGAAUCAGUUACAACAGAUGAUUAA